UGCACCUUGUUUCGCUGGCUUGCCAAACCGCCGUAAAACACUAGAAGAAGAAGAAAAGGACGACGAGCAGAAGAGAGAAGCGGAGUAUAUAGUGCUGAAAUCUGACACGUACUAUUAAACAUCGAGUUCAUUAAAGAGGAGAUUGAUGAUAUGAGUGAUCCAGAACCAUCCAGAAUAAAACAUGAAGACACUGAGGAACAAACAGGUACAGAAGUUAAAGAGAUUGACGACAUGAGUGAUCCAGAACCAUCCAGAAUAAAACAUGAAGAUACUGAGGAACAAACAGACUGUAUAGAUGUAAAACAGCAAAGCCAUGAGGUGAAUGAAGUGGAGGAGAAACACUGUAAAAUCAAAACUUCAAGAAAAAAAGCCAAACAGCUGCACACCUGCUCACAGUGCGGAAAGAGUUUCAGAGAAAAAGGAGUCCUUAAGAAGCACAUGAGAGUCCACACUGGAGAGAAACCGUACACAUGCCCUCAGUGUGGAAAGAGUUUUGCUGCAGCAUCAAGUCUCAGUUAUCAUCUGCUCAUUCACUCUGGAGAAAAUCCAUUUAGCUGUGAUCAGUGUGGUAAAAAGUUUAUUUCUUCAUCACAUCUAAAACAACACCUGACAGUUCAUUCAGAUGAGAAACCUCAUGUGUGUUCUUACUGUGGAAAGAGUUUUUCAUGGCUGGCCAGUUAUAAACAGCACCAGAAAACACAUGAUGAAGUGAGAGAUCAUGUGUGUUGUGAGUGUGGGAAGAGCUUUACUAGAGCUGACUGUCUGAAACAGCACCAAAGAAUUCAUACCAGAGAAAAAUCUUACAAGUGCUCAUACUGUGACAAGAGUUUCAAUCGAGCUGAACAUCUUAAAGUACAUGAGCGAGUUCAUACUGGAGAGAAGCCGUACUGUUGUACUCAGUGUGGAAAGAGUUUUGCUGAUGCAUCAGGUCUCAGUUAUCAUCUACACAUUCACUCUGGAGAAAAGCAAUUUAGCUGUGAUCAGUGUGGUAAAAAGUUUAUUUCUUCAUCACAUCUAAAAAGUCACCUGACAGUUCAUUCAGAUGAGAAGCCUCAUGUGUGCUCUUUCUGUGGAAAGAGUUUUUCAAGGCUAGAUGUUUGUAAACAGCAUCAGAAAACACAUGAUGAAGUAAGAGAUCACAUGUGCUUUGAGUGUGGGAAGAGCUUUACUGCAGCUGGUGAUCUGAAACGGCACCAAAGGAUUCAUACUGGAGAAAAACCUUACAAGUGCUCAUACUGUAACAAGAGUUUCACUGUGUCAGCAACCCUGAAAAUACAUGAGCGAGUUCAUACUGGAGAGAAGCCGUAUCACUGUACUCAGUGUGGAAAGAGUUUCACUCAGUCAACAAAUCUAGUGUCUCAUAUUAAAAAGCAUUGUUCUGUGUCAGACUAUAAAGAGGAACUCAUGGACAUUUUCAAGAUGGACCUUAUAGACUGGUUUGGAGAAGUAUUAACCUGUGCUCCUGAAUCUCCUGCGUCUCCGCUGGUUCCGUCCAGCUCAUGUCCUCCUGUGUUCCCUCCCAACCUCCCUCUCCCGCCUCCUCUCAAACCAGCUAGUUCCUCACCUCCAUCUCCGCUGAUGCCUUCGCACUGGCUCCACCGUGGUCUUCUGGAUCCCCGCCUCCGCAUCAGUCACCUGAGCCUUCAGCUCUGCCUUGGCCCUCCGAAUCCUCAGUUUCGCCUCUCCAUCUGCUCUGUUCCACCUGGGUCUCCACCUCCAGCAGCUCAGUCUCCGUCAGUUGGUCCCCUGGUGUUGUCGGUCCCUUCUCCACCAUGGCUCCUCCCGCCGUCAACUCCACCGUGGGCUGCCAUCCUGGCUGGCCUCUGGAUUGCCACCUGGCUCCUCCUGCUCUGGGCUCCUCCCUGGCUCCUCCCACCCUCCACUCCCCCAUGGACUUAUGUUUUAUCUCCUCCCAGACUGCCGGGGUCGGAUUACCGGCGUCCAGCUGCUUACCCAGCUCCUCCAGUAAUUCGACUUGACUGCAUAGAAGUAAAACAGCAAAGACAUGAGCUGAAUGAAGUGGAGGAGAAACACUGUAAAAUCAAAACCUCAAGAAAAAAAGCCAAACAGCUGCACACCUGCUCACAGUGCGGAAAGAGUUUCAGAGAAAAAGGAGUCCUUAAGAAGCACAUGAGAAUCCACACUGGAGAGAAACCGUACACAUGCCCUCAGUGUGGAAAGAGUUUUACUGAUGCAUCAAAUCUCCGUAAACAUCUGCUCUUUCACUCUGGAGAAAAGCCAUUUAGCUGUGAUCAGUGUGAUAAAAAGUUUAUUUCUUCAUCAAGUCUAAAAGCACACAUGACAGUUCAUUUAGCUGAGAAACCUCAUGUGUGUUCUUACUGUGGAAAGAGUUUUUCAUGGCUGGCCAGUUAUAAAAAGCACCAGAAAAUACAUGACGAAGUGAGAGAUCAUGUGUGUUGUGAGUGUGGGAAGAGCUUCACUGCAGCUGACCGCCUGAAACGGCACCAAAGGAUUCACACUGGAGAAAAACCUUACAAGUGCUCAUACUGUGACAAGAGUUUCAUUCAGUCUGGAGACCUGAAAAAGCAUGAGCGAGUUCAUACUGGAGAGAAGCCGUACUGUUGUACUCAGUGUGGAAAGAGUUUUGCUGAUGCAUCAAGUCUCAGUUAUCAUCUACACAUUCACUCUGGAGAAAAGCCAUUUAGCUGUGAUCAGUGUAGUAAAAAGUUUGGUUCAUCAUCACAUCUAAAAAGUCACCUGACCAUUCAUUCAGGGGAGAAGCCUCAUGUGUGUUCCUUCUGUGGAAAGAGUUUUUCAAGGCUAGAUGUUUGUAAACAGCAUCAGAAAACGCAUGAAGAAGUGAGAGAUCAUGUGUGUUGUGAGUGUGGGAAGAGCUUUACUGCAGCUGGUGAUCUGAAACGGCACCAAAGAAUUCAUACUGGAGAAAAACCUUACAAGUGCUCAUACUGUAACAAGAGUUUCACUGAGUCUGGAAACCUGAAAGUUCAUGAGCGAGUUCAUACUGGAGAGAAGCCGUAUCACUGUACUCAGUGUGGAAAGAGUUUCAGUCAUUCAGUAACUCUAGUGUCUCAUAUUAAAAAGCAUUGUUCUGUGUCAGAGUGAGCAAAUCUUUUCUACAGAUUCAAUAUUUCAAGUAAAUAAUGUGAGAUUCAGAUACAGUGGAUGAGUUUAGCUAAAAGAAAAAGAAAAAAGAUUUAUUUUUUUUUUUUUUUUGAAGCAUGUUUUUUUUAUUCUUUGAAUGAUUGCCUGCUCAUAAAGACAUUGACAAAUAAACGGCCAAAUUCAACUGGAAAAAUGUGUAACAAAAGAU